UAUAAAUUUUAUUUGAGAGUAAUAUAUGAAAACAAAAAGAAUAUUUUUUUUAUUUUACACUAAGGUGCAAAAUAAAGUGACGUACCAUCCUAUGGCAGCCACAAGUGUCUCCAUUAUCACUCUACUCUACUUUGCACUCCUAUAAAACUAUUACUUUUACAUCAAAAACUUACAAACAUGGAGCCCAAAAAAUAUCUACGCUUCCUUGCACUUCUUCUCGUCACUUUCCUUCUUAUUGUGUUCAUAUUCAACAGAGAUUCAGACCUUCCUUCUUCUAGAAGCUUCCAUUCAGUUAACAAGGCCGCGGUUGAACUCAAGCUUCAACCGCGGCCACGAAAAAUUGUAUCGCAGGUCUCCGACGUGGCGCACCACCCGUUAGACCCGUUGACUAUCCAAGAGAUAAACCGGGUCCGGGUCAUAGUCUCUUCACACGCGCUCUUUAAAGGGGCAAAAUAUCACGCGCUUCAUUCGGUGGUUCUAGAAGAGCCGCCGAAGGCACGUGUGUUGAAGUGGAAAGAAGGUGAUCCAGUUUUUCCUAGGAAGGCUUCUGUUAUUGCGCGUGUUGAUGGGGAGACGCACGUGUUGAGUGUUGAUUUGGGUUCGGGUCGGGUUCAGAAGGUUGAUGUGGGUGAAUUGUCUGGGUAUCCGACUAUGACGAUUGAGGAUAUGAAUACGGCGACGUUUACACCGUUGGUGAGUAAAGAGUUUAAUCGGACGGUUGUGGAACGUGGAGUUGAUUUGAAGGACUUGGCUUGUUUGCCUAUAUCCUUAGGUUGGUAUGGCAAGAAAGAGGAAAAGAAAAGGUUGAUUAAGGUACAAUGCUACUCCAUGGAAGACACUGCUAAUUUCUACAUGCGACCAAUCGAAGGCCUAACUGUGAUCGUCGAUAUGGACACUAAUGAAGUCGUUGAGAUUUCCGAUAAUGGAAAGGACAUUCCCAUUCCAAAUGCUUUGGACACAGAUUAUCGUUUCUUGGCCCAAAAAAAUCUCCAUAAAAUCAAGCCAAUGAAUCCAAUAUCGAUUGAGCAGCCAAAAGGUCCAAGCUUCAAUAUCGAGAACAGGCACAUGGUUAAAUGGGCGAAUUGGGAGUUUCAUCUCAAACCCGAUCCUAGAGCUGGGGUGAUCAUAUCUCAGGCCAAGUUUCGAGAUCCAGAUACUAGGGAGCUAAGAAAUGUCAUGUAUAAAGGAAUGACCUCUGAGUUGUUCGUACCCUAUAUGGAUCCGACUGAUGCAUGGUAUUUCAAAACAUAUAUGGAUGCGGGUGAAUAUGGAUUUGGGUUACAAGCAAUGCCUCUUGUGCCGCUUAAUGAUUGUCCGAGAAAUGCAUAUUACAUGGAUGGUGUAUUUGCUGCUGGCGAUGGAAAACCAUAUGUUCGAUCAAAUAUGGUUUGUGUGUUCGAAAGAUAUGCAGGUGAUAUCGGAUGGCGCCAUUCAGAGUGUCCCAUUACAGGCAUGGAGAUUCGUGAGGCUAGACCGAAGGUGACACUAGUUGUUAGAAUGGCAGCAUCAGUAGCAAACUAUGACUAUAUUGUGGACUGGGAAUUUCAGACUGAUGGACUCAUUAACAUUAAGGUCGGACUAAGUGGUAUAUUGAUGGUUAAAGGCACACCGUAUACAAACACAAACCAAAUCCCGAACCAAGAAGACCUCUAUGGAACCUUGCUAUCAGAAAAUGUUAUCGGUGUUAUCCAUGACCAUUAUAUCACAUUUUAUCUUGAUAUGGAUAUUGAUGGAUCGGAUAAUUCCUUCGUGAAAGUGAACUUGCAAAGGCAACAAACCGCUCCUGGAGAGUCACCAAGGUCAAGCUACUUGAAAGCUACAAAAAGUGUUGCGAAGACUGAAAAAGACGCACAAAUCAAGCUCAAGCUUUACGAUCCAUACGAGUUUCACAUGGUUAACCCGAAUAAAAAAACUCGAGUAGGGAACCCGGUUGGGUACAAGGUAGUCCCUGCUGGCACUGCCGCUAGCUUACUUGAUCUUGACGAUCCACCCCAAAAGAGAGGGGCAUUCACCAACAACCAAAUAUGGGUUACUCCUUAUAAUAGAAGUGAGGAAUGGGCUGGUGGGUUGUUUGUUUACCAGAGUAAAGGUGAAGACACCCUUGCAGCAUGGUCUGAAAGGGACAGGGAUAUAGAGAACAAGGACAUUGUGUUGUGGUACACCUUAGGAUUUCAUCACAUACCUUGUCAAGAAGAUUUUCCAAUUAUGCCAACAGUGUCAUCGAGUUUUUCAUUGAAACCAGUCAAUUUUUUUGAGAAGAAUCCCAUUCUUGGAAUUUCGCCGAACUUUGAAAAGGAUCUUCCAGUUUGCCAAGCAUCUUCUUCAACUUCUUGAAGGGUCACACUGCUUCAAACUUAAUCCUGAGUUUGCUACCGAAUGUUGUAUGAUUGUAUGAUCAUACAGUAGUUCCCAGAAUCCCCAAGUCUUUAGAUAAUGCAUAGGGGAGUUUACUUCAAUAAGUAUAUGGAAUGUUCCAAUGAAUGAACUUUAUUGGAGUUCACUAAUUGACUGUAUUAUUGAUCAAACAGUAAUGCUUCAACUCAUUUGAGUGGAGUUGAUUGUACAGAUUAUUGAAGCUCAUUAGCCAUAAA